AUGCCGACACUGUCAUCGUAUCUAUCUCGAGUGCGGAGCGCGGUGUGUCGUCACAGCUCCAGCCUGGGGUCACCGAAAACGAACCGCACAGGGCAGAAGACCACGCUGGUAAUGGGCAAUCCCUCGGCCGAUCUCGACAGUUUUAUCUCAGCGGUGGUGUUCUCGUACUUUUACAAUCUGAAGGCUCAACAGAAUUCCGCAAGAACGACUACGCCAACAUAUAUCCCCAUCCUGAACCUUCCGACAGUGCGGUCCAGCGAACUAUGGCGUCUCCGACCAGAAUAUGGGGUUGCAUUGAGACUUGCUCUGGGCGAGGAUGCGAGAACGAUUCGGAAGCAAGAUGCAGGAGAGCAGGGGAAGACGAGUGUGUUGGGGGAGGUUCUUACGAUUGCGGAUGUCCUUGAUGAUCGGCGUUCGACGUUGCAUAGUGUGUUCGCACCAUCACCGCCAGAGUCGAACGGGGACGAGCAGAGCAAGCUGGAGCAGGGGAAGAAGCAGGAUAUAAUCCUAGUAGACCACAACGCCCCAGCACUUGCACUGCCGGGAGUCGACGAACGGACGAUAGAGACGAGACUGAAUGUCGUCGGGUGUAUCGACCACCAUGUUGACGAGGGGUAUGUAUCAGCCGACGCAGAGCCCAGAAUCAUAACAACAGGGAUCGGGAGUUGUACGAGUCUCGUUGUUAAGCAUUUACGGGAUCAAGGAAUGUGGCCCAGCACAACAGCAAGCGAGACAACGGGUGAGGAUGACGGUGGCGAGGGUAUACGGCAGAUCGCUAGACUGGCACUGGCGCCCGUGUUGAUUGAUACGUCGAAUCUAAGGGCCAGUGGGGACAAGUGCUCGGAUGUGGAUAGGGAGGUUGUCAAGUUCCUCGAAGGUAUUGUCGCGUCGUCGAAGACGACUGGGGAUACGCCCGUUGCAACAACGGGGGCUGCAAGCACAGAGAACGGAAACGAAGCACGAUGGAACCGCGAUGCAUUCCACCAAGUGAUUGGAUCUGCGAAGGCGAAUUCCUUGGAUCUACUGAGUAUGCAGGAGGUGUUUGAUCGGGAUUAUAAAGUCUGGACUGAAGCUGGGAAACAGGGGCAGGUUAACGUUGGGAUUUCAAGUCUGGUCAAGCCGCUUUCGUGGCUGAUCGGACAUGCUGGCUCGAUCGAAAAGUUUCUCGAUGAGGUGGACAGGUUCGCUGACGAAAGGAAGUUGGGCGUAUUUUCUAUGUUGACUCGCGCUGCGGAGGGAAAGGAGGUCGUUGUCCUGGUGGAUGAGAGUGUCGACGGGGUCAUUGAGAAAUUCGAGGAUGUGGGAGGGGAAUUGAAGCUCAAACAGUGGAAAAGCGAUAAAGAGUUGAUGCAGGCAUUGGACGAGACACUCGCAAAAAGAAAGGGGAGUUGGAAGAUCUGGUGGAUGGGAGAUACGAGUAAGAGUCGGAAACAGGUUGGGCCGUUGUUGAGAGAGGCUGUCAAGACUAUCUAG